AUGGGAGGCUCUAUCUCAAAAGCCAUGGGCAAAAUGUUCGGUUAUCGCGAAAUGAAGAUUUUGAUGCUUGGUCUUGACAAUGCCGGAAAGACGACGAUUCUUUACAAGCUGAAAUUGAACAAAAUCAAGACCACGGCACCCACAGUUGGCUUCAACGUGGAAACCGUUUCAUACCGCAAUGUCAAGUUCAACAUGUGGGACGUUGGUGGCCAGGACAGACUGAGACCGCUAUGGCGCCAUUAUUUUCCAGCUACCACAGCGCUCAUUUUCGUCAUCGACUCACAGGACACAGGCCGACUAAACGAAGCGAAAGAAGAGCUCUACAGUAUAAUCGGCGAAAAAGAGAUGGAAGAAGUAGUCCUGUUAGUUCUGGCCAACAAACAAGACUUAAAAGGUUCUUUAACGCCGCAGGAAAUUUCAGAUUUUUUGCAGUUGAAAGACCAUCUAGACAACCAACUGUGGUGCGUGAUCGGCAGUAACGCCUUGACGGGACAGGGUCUGGUAGAGGGUCUCUCCUGGAUCACAAACAACACUCACAAAUAA